GGGCACAUGCUCACUGCGGAAACCUCCCAGACGCUUUUGGCAAGAGCGCCUGUUGUCGUUUCUCGGCCUCUAGCUCUGGUUUCUGUCCCGCGAUCGCGAUGGGGGAAUCAGAUCUCCCGGUUUUCUCAGCCCCACCGGGUCGUUUUUGGUUUGCGCAUGGAGAAGGAAGCCUUUAUACGGAGGGUCACCUGUCACGGAUGCUUCAGCUGAGAUUCCUGCAUUGCAGGGGGUUGGACUAGAUGACCCCUGGGUCCCCUCCAGCUCUACAGUUCUGUGAUUCCAUAUCUCUGCUGUAGUUUUUUUGGGUUUCCUUUAGGUGCAGUGGCCGGAGAGCGAGUAGGUCGCCUUGCACAAGGCGUCGGAUCCGGGGGUGCAGUUUAGGCUUCUAAAAUCUCCACGCUUUUAGCUCGUUUCAAAUAUGUCUCAGCUACCCUUAGGCCAGACAAUUUCAGAGAGGUGUUGCAAUCUUACAAAGGGAAAAAGUAAACAUCAUAUUGGAGACGCAGCAAAAGCUGUUUCACACGUGAAAAGCUUUUUUAUUUUGGACGUGCACGCCGGAUCAAACCGCAUGUAGUGCGAUUAUCCUCUUAUGUGCUGCAAAAUCAGCGCGCAUUGCGCAUUGCGCUCAGAAACGAAAGGGGAGCAGACGUGUUUGCAUCCCAGGCGCGACGCCGUUUCCUGGAGGACGCGAAGUCUUUCCUGUUCUCCCGUCUCCAAGGGUCACAGAAAGCGCCGCCCCGACGGCUCUUCUUCCGGACCAGCAGGGGGCGGGUGGGAUCCGGCACCAGAUCCUUCCUUCCUGCGGCCUAUUCCUCCGUGGUCGCGGGGGACCCGCGGGCUAGGAUGGGGAAGCGGGUGGCCGUGGUCUUGGCUGGCUGCGGCGUCUUCGACGGCAGCGAGAUCCACGAGGCGUCCGCCGUCCUGGUGCAUCUGAGCCGGGCUGGAGCGGAGGUGAGGCUGGCGACCCUCUAAAACUGCACACAGGCACACACAGGGAGAGGGAAGAAGACCUGCAUAUGCUCUCAUUCAGUGAUAGUUUUUCUAGAAAAAGAGGUGCGAGAACUCACCAUGAAUGCCUCCCUUGUUCUCUUAUAAUGGCAAUGGAGCCCCCCUGAGAGGUGCUCGAACUGAGCUCCAGUGAGUUAUAGCAGAAAAAAAGGCCUUUCUCCCACCCACAGAACGUUUUUCCAUGGAAAAUGUCUCUUGCCUGUUUCCUGUUCCUUUCUGCGAGGUCAAGCUGUCUUUGGCAAUCUCGAUGCCUUCAACGUUCUGCUUGCUGGCUUGUAAACAAGCCUCUGUGCGUUCAGCAGAGUUUAGGAUUCUGCAAAGGAGUGCAUAAGAUUGCAGUCUUGAAAACGAAACGAGGCUCCAGUUCUGAGCUCACUAGGCUGUAUGUCUCAUUGAACUCAAUGGGACUUGUGUCUGAGUAAAUAGGUUCAGCAUCAUACUGAAUUCCAUUAAAUUGAAAAUACACUGCAAGUUAUUUUACUAAACAUUGACAAAAUAUGGUCUGUGACUGUAUCACUGGAAAGCACAUUCUGCAAACAUUUAGUACUGUUUAUUUUACAACUUAAAAUGAAAACACUAUAUUCUUGUUUGAACUGGGGUAGAUAAUAAGAUAACUCUUAUUUUUAAAAAAUGUAUCUAUAUUAAAGGCAACAUUUAGCCCUGUUUUAAAGAUCUUGUUACCUAAUCUUGCUACCUGAAAUACCAAUUGAUGCUGAAAUCCCUAUGCUUUGUCGUUUUGGAAUUUCAGAAACCUCUUGAAAUGUUGGUACUUGCAAAAUUAUCUUGCUUAAAAUUGGCAAAAAAAAACCAUGGUUAAUCUUGACUCUUGCAACUAGCAAAAGUGCUACUUUGUAACACAUAUGUAUUUGUGUUUCCUUUUCUUGUUCAGGUAAAGAUAUUUGCACCAAAUAUUGAGCAGAUGCACGUUGUUGAUCAUUUGAAGGGUAGUCCAAGUGAAGAAAAGAGAAAUGUUUUAGUUGAAAGUGCUAGACUUGCAAGAGGGGACAUCCAGGAUUUGGCUGAGUUGAAAGUCGGUGAAUUUGAUGCAAUUAUUUUUCCAGGUGAGCAUUUUUUAAAAAAUAAACUAAUCAAACCUGCAAUCCUAUAUGCCUGGGAGUAAGCUCCAUUAAAUUCCACAGGAUUUGCAUUUGAAAGGACAUGUUUAGGAUUGCGCUACAAAUGAAUUAGUUUAACACUCACUUAUUUGUGAACCGUAAAAAUCAUUUGCACCAGUUCAGUGUGCUCAGCACUGUGAGCUGGGACUCUAUAACUAGAUUCUAAUACCGCACCUCACUGCAACAAUACUCUCUCCCGCAAAGCAUAGUGCAUUUUAUUUACCAUAUUUUUUGCUCUAUAAGACUCACUUUUUCCCUCCUAAAAAGUAAGGAGAAAUGUGUGUGCGUCUUAUGGAGCGAAUGCAGGCUGCGCAGCUAUCCCAGAAGCCAGAACAGCAAGAGGGAUUGCUGCUUUCACUGCGCAGCGAUCCCUCUUGCUGUUCUGGCUUCUGAGAUUCAGAAUAUUUUUUUUCUUGUUUUCCUCCUCCAAAAACUAGGUGCGUCUUGUGGUCUGGUGCGUCUUAUAGAGCGAAAAAUAUGGUAUUUAGUUUAUUAAAUUUUUAUACACAAAUACACAACAAAAACCAACCAAUAAUCCCCAUUUCUACAUUCCACAUUUAUUUAUUUUAUAAAUAAAUAAAUAAAUUUUAAAAAAUGAAAGUGGUUUGCACAAUUCUAAUGCACACGAUAAAGGCCACAUAAAACAUUUUUUGUUUUGGUUUUUCAAAUUUUUUUUAUUGCUUUUCCAAAUUUAUAAGAAAAAGAAAAGACAUUACAAAACACAGCAAAAGAAAACACAUUACAAUACAAAAGAAAAACAUAAAAAGAAUUAUGUCUUCCAAAACCCAAAUUGCCUUACAUUGUUAAUUGACUUCCUCAAGUCCCCCCAACUGAAUUUCAUUGUAUCACCUUGUAAGAGUUCUCCAAAAUCAUAUUUGUAUUGAAAUUGGCUCCUUCCAUUUACUAUCCUCCUUUCUUUUAUUAGUAUUCUAGUCCUUAAUGUUUUACAGCACAUUCUUAUUCUAAGCCUAAGCCUAUUUACCGUAUUUUUCGCUCUAUAGGACGCACUUUUUCCCCUCCAAAAAUGAAGGGGAAAUGUGUGUGCGUCCUAUGGAGCGAAUGCAGGCUUUCCCGGGCUUCCUGCAGCUCCGCGCCACCCUCCGGAUCCCGGCGCGAAGCCGCACGGGGCUCCGGAGGGUAGCGCGGAGCUGCCUGAGCUCCAGGGCUUCUUGCAGCUCCGCGCCACCCUCCGGAUCCUGGCGCGAAGCCGCGCGGGGCUCCGAAGGGUGGCGCGGAGCUGCCUGCGCUCCAGGGCUUCUUGCAGCUCCGCGCCGGGAUAUUCUUUAAAUUUCUUCCAGUCUUCUUGUGUCUCUUCCUCUUUCUGGUCCCGGAUUCUUCCAGUCAGGGCGGCCAGCUCCAAAAAGUCCAACAUCUUCAUCUGCCAGUCAUCUAUUGUUGGUAUUUCUUGCGAUUUCCAAUUUUUGGCCAAUAAAAGUCUUGCCGCUGUAGUGGCAUACAAAAACAGUCUAACAUCUUUUUGGGCAGUUCUAGUCCUAUUAUUCCAAGGAGAAAGGCUUCUGGUUUCUUAAUAAAUGUGUUUUUCAACAUUUUUUUCAAUUCAUUAUAAAUUUCCCCCCCAGAAGUCUUUCACCUUAGGACACAUCCACCACAUAUGGUAAAAGGUACCUUCUUUUUCUUUGCAUUUCCAACAUUGGUUAUCAUUUGUAUGACACAUCAAACAUUUUUUGAAAAUAGAUCACAAACUAUUACAAAGCGGGGGAAAUCAGCAAAAUGUUCACCAUAGAAGAUGCCUUCUCAAUCUCUACUGGAAGAGCGCUCCACAGGGCCGAACCAAUUUUGUGCCAAUAUCAAAUAAGCGUUGUCUCAUUGGGUGACAAAACAGCGGCGCUGCUGUGUUGGAUGAGGCAAUAAUGGGAAGUUUCUUCUCGACAUAAACGAGUAAGCUCUUAUCUUUUCCCCCUCCCUUCAAGGGGGCUUUGGCGUAGCGAAGAACUUGUGUUCCUGGGCGGUGGAAGGAAAGAACUGCACUGUCAACAACCUGGUGAAGUCUGCCCUCGAGGCGUUCCAUAGCGCAAAGAAACCCAUUGGCUUGUGUUGUAUCUCCCCUGUGUUGGCAGCGAAAGUCUUCCCAGGCUGUGAAGUCACCGUCGGCCACAACAGAAAUGUAGACGGGAGGUAAGGAAUUUUGUUUGGAGCAUCAUCUGAUUCUGCGCGCAUGCCGAUUCUCUGCCAAUCACAAGAUCCACCUGUUGCAGUGAUGUACAGCUUUCUCCAAUCUAUCAUUUUUCUCUGUUGGUUGUUGCUGAUUACACUCAUCGGUCACUUUGUACAAAAGAAAAAAGACGCAGAGCAACUUAAUCGCGUUUAUAUGUCCUGUUUUAAAACCGGGGCGGGGGGGGGGGAGUACAGUGGUACCUUGGGUUAAGAACUUAAUUUGUUCCGGAGGUCCGUUCUUAACCUGAAACUGUUCUUAACCUGAGGUACCACUUUAGCUAAUGGGGCCUCCCGCUGCUGCCGCGCCACCAUGGUGCGAUUUCUGUUCUAAUCCUGAGGUAAAGUUCUUAACCCGAGGUACUAUUUCUGGGUUAGCAGAGUCUGUAACCUGAAGCGUCUGUAACCAGAGGUACCACUGCACGAUACAAAAAAUGCUCUUCCUGUAAAAUAUUAAUAAGGACGAGUCCCAUCUACCCAACGUCACGCUAUAUCACAUCACGAUAUACCGACAUAUCACAAUGUCUGAAAUAAGGAUGGAGUUGGUUUUCAACUUCCAGCUAAACAUCAAGAUAUACUGAUAUAUGACAAUGUUCAAAAUAAAGAUGGAGCUAUGUAGAGGCAUUGGCUGGCUUCACGGUUUUUAGCACAUUGUGAUUUCUGCAUAGCACACACGCACACACCAUGAUUCACAAUAUAUUGCCAGGUCAAAAACUAUGAAGCCGCUAUCACGAUAUAGACUUCAAACUGGUUUGGGGCGAUAUAUCGCCAGCCCUACUCUGCAGUCCACUUGGGUGAGAUCCAUGCAGAAGGGUCUCUGAUGAAGACCACAGGGUCUGGUCUGGUUCAUACGGGGAGGGCCGGUCCUUGAUGUAUUGUGGUCCUGAGCCUUCCAGGGCAUUAAAGGUCAAAGCCAGCACUUCAGCAGUGAGGCAAAGGCAGUUCUUGUUUAACUUCCUUCCCUUGCAGGUUUCCUGAUGCUGAAACAGCUGCUGCCAUCGAAGAACUUGGCUGCAAGCACAUCUGCAAAGACGUGAGCGAGGCCCACGUGGAUUCCGCAAACAAAAUAGUCACCACUUGCGCGUUCAUGUGCAAAGCCCCUUUGCAUCAAAUUUUUUAUGGGGUUGGAGCCAUGGUUACCGAAGUCUUGAAACUGGCAUGAAGGGGGAAAGCCAGGCUUGGCGGCAGCUGGUAAAUGCGUUAACAAAUGAUGCUUUGGUUAAACAUGGUAGAAUCAAUAAAAAUAAUUAAGCCACCCGA